AUGGAGAAAACCAAUAUCAAAACAAGAACUUUCUUUUUCAUUUGCACAUUUCUUGGCUUUCUAUUGAUAUUUCUUAGCAGAAUUUCUGUCUGCAGUGCUGCAGAGAGUGAUUUUUAUUGCUUGAAAUCGAUAAAAGAUUCAUUACAAGAUCCUUUCAAUUCUUUGGACUCCUGGGAUUUCAGCAAUGCUAAUGAAGGCUUCAUCUGUGAUUUCAAGGGAGUUAACUGCUGGAAUAGUAAUGAGAAUAAGGUAAUGGACCUCAGACUUUCAGCCUUAGGAUUAAUUGGUGAGUUUCCUCGAGGCAUUCGAAAUUGUACAAGCUUAACAGGUUUAUAUCUUUCUGGCAACAACUUGUAUGGAACCAUCCCUUCUGAUAUUUCAGUGAUACUUAAAUAUGUUACAAUACUUGACCUCUCAUAUAACAUGUUUUCUGGCUAUAUACCACCUGAUAUAGCUAAUUGUCAAUACCUUAAUGUUCUAAAGUUGGACUAUAAUAAUCUAGAAGGUGAAAUCCCAAGAAGAAUAGGCUAUUUGCCUCGCCUUAAGAUGUUCACUGUAGCCAACAAUUACUUGACUGGACCAGUGCCAUCGUUUGUUAGCGAAAAUAUCACAGCUGAGAGUUUUGCAAACAAUGAGCUUUGUGGGAAGCCCUUGAAAGGAUGUGAGGAUUCUUGGAUAUGGAAACAUAUAGAUCGUGAUUCGUUCAUCAAAGCGUUUGUGAUUGGUUGGGUACUUUUCUUUACAUUGGUUUUAGUCCUUUGUUUAUUUCAGUUUCCUGUCAAGAUAAUCUUAUUGAACAAAUGGAAGUUGAGGUCAAUGAAACAUAUAAACUCAGGAAGUGAAGAGGAAUUAAUCAGCCAACAGAAGAUAUUAAAGCUGGAGAAGUUUGUUACAAGAAUGAGCUUAAAGGAGCUGGAAAUCGCGACUUCUGAUUUUAAUGAUGACUAUUUAGUAGGAAUUGGAAUGUUUGGCAAAGUUUACAAAGCAAUUCUUCGAAAUGGCUGGACACUUGCAAUCAAGAAGCUGAAUGACUGGGAGAAUUUGGAGGAGGAGUUUGUCUCGGAGAUUACAACUCUUGGUGGUCUGAGGCAUCGGAACCUAUUGCCUCUUAUAGGUUUCUGUGUUGAAAGGGAAAAAAAACUUCUCGUUUACAAAUACAUGCGUUAUGGAAGUCUUCAUGAAUGGCUGCACUCAAAUAAAGACAAGGCCAAGAUUUUAGACUUCCGUCUUAGAGUUAAAAUUGCACUUGGGAUAGCAAAAGGUGUAGCUUGGCUUCAUCAUGGUUACAAAUUGCACGUUACACACGGAAGCAUAAGCACGCGAUGUAUCUUGCUAGAUCAAAAUUUUGAGCCCAAAAUAUCGAACUUUUGGGAAGCAAAAAUUUGGAGUAAGAAUGAUGCUGCAUUAAGUUGGAGUCUUUUCCCAGUAGCUGAAUAUUCAUGUUUAGGUUCUUACAAGAAAGACAUCUACUGCUUUGGCGUCCUGCUUCUCGAGCUGGUUACAGGGAAGGAACCGCAUGAAUUGACAAGCUCGAGAAAUCUGUUUGAUCACUCGCCUUGUCUACUUGAUGCAGAUAAAGAUUUGCUUGGGAAAGGAAUCAACGAUUUGAUCCUCGAAUUUCUAGAGUUAGCUUGUGACUGUGUGAAGUUCUUACCUAAUGAAAGGCCAACAAUGCUGGAAGUUUAUGACAAACUCAAGACAAUUUCUCAAGGUCGAAACGACGACUAGGUAUAGAAAACUCCCUUAUAUUCAACUGGCAUUUGAAGUCUAUAGAACUAGUACUAUUGUUUA